AUGCUGAGUCUCGAUUUCCUGAUUCUCAUUUCACCGCACUGGUGAGUCAUUUUAUAAUUUACUGACUCAUUUGGUGUCCUCACGAUCGCAUAACACUUUUUUUUGAAACAGAGAAAUAUAAUCUCUCUAGACUAAUCUGUGAUUCGUUGGUUCUUCGUAUAUCCACUGUCUGUCAGAAAGCAUUUUUGAAACGACGAAACAGAUAUUCGAUUGCAUCAUCUGCAAAGUACGUUUCGUCGGUUACAUUUUUGUCGCACUCGUAUAAACGUCUAAGCUACCGGCGUAUCGAGGUGGUUAACGAAGCCUGUCGGUCAUAUGCACCUUUAACUUUCAACAAUUAGACGUCACAAGAACAAAUCGGCGCUAAUUACGUAAGGCAGCGACUGUGACGGUCAUCUACAAAUGCGUGGGUUCCCUGCCGCCGGACUUUGCACACGACUGUGUAAACAGACUGCGAUACUGGCUAAGCACCAAAUCGAUUGUCACAGGUGAACCAAUGGCAGUCUUCCAACGUCUGUGCCGUAGCGUUAUAAGUUCACCGCACGGAAUGUGAAGAGCACUCAUCAUGCAGUUCCUACUCGUCCUCCUUUCUGUCUGCGCCCUUUACCGGGGUAGCCUCGCGUGCGCUGCCAUGGAAACCACCACCGAGCCGCCUGAAAACCAAAUGCCGAUCUUGCCUCCUGAUGUAGAACCCAGUGCCGAACGCUGCUCCAAUUGCCGUCCAAUGCUUGGCGGGAAAAGGCCUAUGACGCCUGAGGACAUUGCCCAUCCGGACUUCCGGAGUAUUGUGCACAAAAGUCUCAUCGACCUGAGAGGCAAAUCUAAGGGCUGCAUGGAUUACGAGCUAGUGGACGUUACGGAAGCCAGCAAGCAGGUGGUGGCCGGCAUGAAAUAUGAGUGGAAAAUGACGGUGCGGCCAAAACGUCUUCAGGCGAGUGCUGAUUGCCCUGUGGACGACUGUGAAGGCGCCGUCUGCAACAGGCACCACCAGUACAAGUCCUCCGCUUGGGUUCGUCCCUGGUUGAAGAAUGAGGAAUCGCAUCAAUUUACGCACGCACGGAUCUCUGCCUGA